AUGGAUUUUAAUGAAUGUUUCAUUCAUCCAAAGUCAUUCUCUUUAGACCCUAACAUUUAUACAGAACUUGUAGAACAUUAUACAAACGAGGCUUUAUGUUUUCCUGUUAAAGUUAUGGAUUGGAUUCCUAUGGACGGUUCAUUCUCAAAGAAUACAGAUAGUUCAAGUGCAACAUUUACAGCAGCUUAUACGCCUAUUAAUGUUAAAAGUAUUUGGGCACUAUUUAGAAAGAAAGACAACUAUUAUGUUAAUUUUGAGAACCCUAAGUUUAAAUAUCUUCAGCUUUCCAUGGGAGCUUAUGGAAAUAUGCCUGCAGAACCUGAAAAAUCAUAUGGACCUGUAUUUUAUGAAAUGGUUGCGAACGCUUGCAAUACAAACAAUGAUAUGAUAGGAUUUAAUGAAGAUGUUAUGAGGUCAUUGGUGGAUGAUGGUAGUGUGGAACAUAAAUGGGAUAGCUAUGACAACACACAUUUCUUAUGUGGUUUUCCAACAGAAGUGGACUUUUGCUUCCAGCAAGGUCAAACAUCUACUGCUCCAAUAACAUACAAAUUGUCUGUUAAAGGACCUAUUGAACUAGCAACUGAAAAUGUACCAAAGCCACUUAUUGGAUUUAUGAGGGAUUGUUGCUUUGCCAUUCAGGUGCGUGCUAAUGGAAUCCCAAUAAUAAGAUUAGAUGACUAUAACUUAGCUACGGACGACAGUGAGGAAUAA